UGGUGGCCUAAGUCUUUUUGGGACCUAUCUUUUAAAUGAUUUUAUCCAUAAGACUUGACUUGGUACAAGAUUUCUACUUCGGACAAUCAUUCAUUCGUCAAUCCCAAAGGCUUUCAUUGUUAUUAUUUCUUCUAAACUGUGAUGCCAAAACUUCCUUAAAUGGUUCUCCUCAUCACAUAAACAGCACUGAUUUUGAUAAAAAUGGGCAAUUCUCUUUCUUUAACCUCAUUUGCCCUCUACAAGAAGCAAAGCAAAUCUUUGCCCAUUGAUACAAUCUUCAAAUUCCCUUCUCCAAUUUCCACAUGGUCAUCAUCAUCAGAAGAAGGUGGCUUUGGAAGUGGUUAUAUUGAUCUAGGAGGCCUCCACGUGCACCAGAUCACAACUUUCAACAAAAUUUGGAGCAUAAGAAAGGGAGGGGUUGAUAAUCUUGGAGCAACGUUCUUUGAGCCUGCAGAAAUUCCAGAUGGAUUCUUUAUGCUUGGUUGCUAUGCUCAACCUAAUAAUCAGCCACUAUUCGGAUGGACUCUUGUUGCAAAAGGCAUCUCCAAUGGUGAAUCCAGCAAUGAAAUCCUAAAGAAACCAACUGAUUACACUCUAAUUUGGAGUAGCAAGUACUUGAAAUCUAGCCAAGAUGGUCAUGGCUACAUUUGGUUACCAAUAGCCCCUGAUGGAUAUAAAUCGGUUGGCUAUGUUGCAACAAACACGCCCGAAAAGCCUUCUCUGGAUAAAGUCAGAUGUGUUCUUGAAGAAUUCACUGAUGAAUUGGAGCCCGCGGAUUGGAUUUGGGGACUGUCUAAGAGACGGGGCAACUGUAAGUUUGAUGUGUACAGCUCUAGGCCUCGCGUUAGAGGGAUUCAAGCGCAAGGCGUUAGAGCGAAUACAUUUGUUGUAAAACUUGGAGAUGACAAUGAUGCAACUCCAUCCAUAGCUUGCUUGAAGAACAACAAUUUCAGAAACUUUUCCGCCAUGCCAAACGUGAAACAAAUCGAAGAACUGCUUCAGGCAUAUUCUCCAGUGAUAUACUUCCACCCUGCGGAGAAGUACUUUCCUUCUUCAGUGAACUGGUAUUUUUCCAACGGGACAUUAUUGUACUCCAAGGAAGCCGAAUCAAAUCCUGUCUCCAUGGAACACAGCGGCGCGAAUCUUCCUCAAGGCGGAUCGAAUGAUGGAGCACAUUGGCUAGACCUUCCCAUCGACGAAAAUUCUAAAGAAAGAGUCAAGACAGGGGAUUUACAGAGUGCUGAGGCUUAUCUCCAAAUCAAGCCUAUGCUAGGUGCAACAUUCACUGAUAUAUCCUUGUGGAUCUUUUACCCGUUCAACGGUCCUGGAACUGCAAAACUCGGAUUAAUCGACAUCCCACUUGGGAAAAUCGGCGAACACAUUGCAGAUUGGGAGCAUUUGACACUACGGAUCAGCAACUUCAAUGGGAUCUUGUACAAAGUCUAUUUCUCACAGCACAGUGGAGGAAAAUGGAUUGAUGCAUCAUUGCUGGAAUUUUACAACGGGACUAACAAACCAGUUGCAUACUCAGCAUUAAAUGGGCAUCCAAAUUAUCAUAAACCAGGGCUGGUUUUACAAGGAUCUGGCCAAGUUGGGAUCAGAAAUGAUACAGCAAAAAGUGACAAGUUUUUUGACACUGGAUCAAAAUACUCAAUUGUUUCAGCUGAGUAUCUUGAAUCAGAAAUUGUUGAGCCACCAUGGUUGAAUUAUCUAAGACAUUGGGGUCCUAAGAUUGCUUAUAAUUCUGAUGCUGAAGCCAAGAAAGUGGAGGCAAUGUUGUCUACAAGGCUGAAACCUUUGUUUCGGAGAUUGGUGAAAAUCUUACCUAAUGAAUUUUAUGGUGAAGAUGGUCCAACUGGCCCUAAGGUGAAAGGUUGUUGGAAUGGGGAUGAAAAAUCUUGUUCUUAAUAAUUCUUUCUUAUUGAUUUGGAUCUUAUCCAAAACACCAAAUGCCCAUUUCUUUGUUUACUUGGGUGUUUAAGUUUCAAGUCUUGUUAAUGCAACAAGAAAACAUUCUGUAAUCACGACACACGUUCGAUUGAGUUUGUUCGGAUGAGUACGAACAUUGCUGCUUCACCUAAGUACCAUUAAUGCAAAAUAAAAACUUAAGACCUUAUUCUCAACAGAAAAUAGUUUCCUAG